UACUGAAACGGAAGCUGGGGUUGACGGUCGGGAAAAGAUGGCUGCCCCCAUGUUGAGAAGGACGGCGUUAGGAGUCCUCAGUGCAUUCACCAAGCUGCAGUGUUCCCUAUACGAUAAAACUGAGCAGUUACUUUCAUGCUCCAGCGGUCGUGCAGUGGGUCGGCUGCCAGCGCAACAUCCCCGUACCCAGGUAUUAUAGAAUCUCAUGAAGAGUUUCAUUUUGUGGAGCGUCUCAUACCACCCACACGAGUGCCCCAACCACCAAAGCAUACAGGAGUAACCCCAUCUGGAUGGAUCCCCCCUAAAGACACCCCGCCAGAUCUUCCAUACAUUGUGAGGCGCUCCCGGAUGCACAAUAUUCCAGUGUACAAGGACAUCACCCAUGGUAAUCGGCACAUGACAGUUAUCCGGAAGAUUGAAGGAGACAUAUGGGCUCUGGAAGCAGAAGUACAGGAAUUCCUGACCAAUCUAACAGGAAGGACACCAGCAACUCAGGUCAAUGAGGUCAACCAUUCAAUCCGGAUUAAAGGCUAUUAUGAUAAGGAACUACAAACAUGGCUGGCCGAAAAGGGUUUUUGAAACUAUUGGAACGGAAAGUACAGAGACUGUGGUCACAAUGAUUAAAGACUGUUAUAUUCCAAAAUGUCUUGUUUUGCUAAUAUUAAGAAAAAUAAAAUGGUGUUGGUGGAUGUUAUAUGGAUCCUAGACCUCUUUAACAAAACCUUCUAAAAUAUUGUUUUGUUACUUUCAGAUACACUAUAUGACACCUACAUUUUUAGGAGGACUAUGUGAGUGGCACUAAUUUUAACAGACCCUACUAUAUAGGCAAGGAUGAGCAAUUACAGAUAGGGACACUUAACCCUUUUCUGCUCAUUGCCAUAUUCUUACAUUGCUGAGUGUAACGAGUUAACGCACAGCACCAUAAUAGUACACCACUGUGAUGUGUGGGCUCAGGAGCUGAGCCAGCGCUAUCACUUGCGGGUGCCAGCUGCAUUAUACCCUGUUAGAACUGCUUAACCCUUUAGAUCAGGGGUCAGCAACCUUCGGCACUCCAGCUGCUGUGAAACUACAACUCCCAGCAUGCACACUUGCUUGGCUGUUCUUUUAUCUCCCAUAGAAGUGCAUGGAGCAUGCCGGGAGUUGUAGUUUCAGAACAAAUGGAGUGGCGGAGGUUGCUGAUCCCUGCUUUAGAUAAUGUUGGCAGUGACAAGUUACCAUUGAAAUCAGUGAGAGAAUAGAACGAUUGGAACCUGUGUAUCGGCGCUGUCAGCAGGGAUGCAGUACAAGGUAAGUAUUGGUAAAAAAAAAACAGAUGAUAAUUUAUUUCAGGUCAACGUGUUUCAAGGGCGGAACGCCCCCUACAUCAGGACAAUGAUACAAAUAACCGACAAUCAGUGAUUUUUAAAAGCAUUUUUGGCACGCAGGCCAGAG